AUGACCCGAUUGACAGCUAUUUUCUGUAUUAUUGCAACGACGGCAGCCGCGUUUUAUGAAUUUGAGGAAGAUACAAAAUCCCUCGACAAACGCGCCAAUCGAAAUGGAAAAUACUUGCGACCAUGCUAUUUCACGAACUGGGCACAGUAUAGAAAGCCGCGGGCAAAAUAUAUGCCCGAAGACUACAUCCCGGGCCUAUGUACGCAUAUCCUAUUCGCGUUCGGGUGGAUGAAAGAGGAUUUUACUGUCAAAGCUUUUGACCCAGCCGAUUUGCCAAAUGAUUGGGCUGGGCAGGGAAUGUACAAACGGGUGAAUGCUCUGAAGCUCAAGGAUCCGGGCUUGAAGACAUUGAUUUCAAUCGGAGGAUGGAGUUUUGGGACUCGAUUGUUUGAGGAAAUGGCUCGUACAGACGCCGGGCGCAAGACAUUCAUCGAUUCCUCUAUUCUGUUUGCCAGAAAAUAUGAUUUCGACGGAAUUGAUAUUGAUUGGGAAUAUCCCAAGGGGCCAGAAGUCAAGGAUCAUUUCACGGCUUUGAUUAAUGAGUUGCGCGCAGCUGUAGAGGCCGAGGCAACCGGAUUCGGGCGUGAGAGGUUGUUGGUCACGGCGGCCGUGUCGGCGGGGAUUGCUACGAUUGAUGACGCCUAUGACAUUCCGAAUAUUGCUAAACCCUUUGACUUUGUCAACUUGAUGUCCUACGAUUUCUGGGGCGCCUGGGAUGGUGUCGUGGGCAUGAAUUCCCCACUUUAUUCAAGAAGUGACCUAACCCCACCUCAACGCUAUUGGAAUGUGGAUUGGGCCGCAAAACACUGGGUCGAAAAAGGGAUGCCUCGCGAAAAGCUCUUGAUUGGCCUUGGUACUUAUGGACGUGGUUUUACACUUACGGACGCGAACCGUGAAAAACCGAUGAAUACCUCUGGCAACCAGCCGGCUAAGAUUACCGAGUUCGUGCAAGAAGCUGGAGUAGCUUCUUAUUAUGAGCUCUGCGAAAUGCUUAUUGGUGGCGCUCAAAGGCACUGGCAUGGUGAGCACCAGGUCCCCUAUCUGACCAACGGGUCCCAAUGGUGGUCUUACGACGACGAAGAGUCUUUCAAGAAAAAGGUCACUACUCCAUUACCGACACCACCUCCUGAAACAAGUCGCGCUCCGAUGGUUACAAACCCAAAGGUGCCGACACCACCAGGUGUAAUUAUGCCAAACCCACAAACUUUUACAUUGCCAGCGUCGAUGAACAUCUGCAGCGCCAAGACAGAUGGUUUCUACAAAAGUGAUGCCUCGUGCUCACACUUCAUUCUCUGCUUGGAUGGUUCCGGCUAUCCGAUGACAUGCCCGAGUGGCCUUCAAUUUUCAGCUACGAAGGGCUACUGUGUUCAGCCGAAAAAUUCCGGUUGCGUCUCAACUUUUUCAUCAUUUACCACCCUCCCUACGCCGGAACCCUCUAGCGAAAAACCGAUCGUGGUGACCAGCGAGAGUAUUGUCACGGAAUCUGGUUCAAGAUUCACAUGCGGAGAAAAGUUAGACGGUUUUUAUUCGGACCCAAAGGAUUGUGCUAGAUUUUACCGUUGCGUUGCCGGGACGGCUUAUCACUUCCACUGCUCACCCGGCACAUUCUUCAACCCAAAAACCAGCGAUUGUGACUCUGUGUCGAAGGAGCAGUGUCCAAAG